AUGACGUUUUUCUUUCUUUUAUUCUCUUCAUUUUGCAUCCUGUCAUUAUCUUACAUAUUUUUUCCCGCUGUUUACUUUGCUUACGUUCCUAUCUUUCUUUUUUUCUUUCUUUCUUUCUUUCUUUCUUUCAGACUUUGUAGACGUUUCUACUUUCUUUCUUUCUUUCUUUCUUUCUUUGUUUCUUUCUUUCUUUCAGACUUUGCAGACGUUUCUUUUUUUUUUCUUUCAGACUUUGUAGAAUUUUCUUCUUUGUUUCUUUGUUUCUUUUUUUUUCUUUCUUUCAGACUUUGUAGACGUUUCUUCUUUCUUUCUUUCUUUCUUUCUUUUUUUCUUUCAGAUUUACUUUGUAAACGUUUCUUCUUUUCUUUCUUUCUUUUUUUCUUUCUUUCUGUCAGACUUUGUAGACGUUUCUUCUUUCUUCCAUCCUUCCUUUCUUUCUUUCUUUCUUUCCUUCUUUCUUUCUUUCUUUCUUUCUUUCUUUCUUUCUUUCUUUCUGUCAGACUUUUCGUUUCUUCUUUCUUUCUUUUUUCUUUCUUUCUUUCUUUCUUUCUUUAUUUCUUUCUUUCUUUCUUUCUUUCUUUCAGACUUUGUAGUCGUUUCUUCUUUCUUUCUUUCUUUCUUUCAGACUUUACGUUCUUUCUUUCUUUCUUUCUUUCCUUCUUUCUUUCCUUCUUUCUUUCUUUCUCUCUUUCAGACUUUGUAGAUAUUUCUUCUUUCUUUCUUUCUUUCUUUCUUUCUUUUCUUUCAGACUUUGUAGUUUCUUUUCUUUCUUUCUUUCUUUAUUUCUUUCUUUCUUUCGGACUUUGUAGUCGUUUCUUCUUUCUUUCUUUCUUUUUUCUUUCUUUCUUUCUUUCUUUCUUUCUUUCAGACUUUGUAGACGUUUCUUCUUUCUUUCCUUCUUUCAUACUUAGUAGAUGUUUCUUCUUUCUUUCUUUCUCUCUUUCAGACUUUGUAGACGUUUGUUCUUUCUUUCUUUCUUUCUUUCUUUUUUCAGACCUUGUUGACGUUUCUUCUUUCUUUCUUCCUUUCUUUAUUUUAGACUUUGUAGACGUCUCUUCUUUCUUUCUUUCUUUCUUUCUUUCUUUCUUCCUUCCUUUCUUUCUUUCUUUCUUUUCUUUCUUUCUGUUUUCUUUUCAGACUUUACUUUGUAGACGUUUCUUCUUUCUUUCUUUCUUUCUUUCUUGUUUCAGACUUUGUAGACGUUUCUUCUUUCUUUCUUCCUUUCUUUAUUUCAGACUUUGUAGACGUCUCUCUUUCUUUCUUUCUUCCUUCCUUUCUUUCUUUCUUUCUUUCUGUCUUUCUUUCAGACUUUGUAGACGUUUCUUCUUUCUUUCUUUCUUUCUUUCUUUCUUUCUUUCUUUCUUUUCUUUCUUUCUUUCUUUCAGACUUUGUAGACGUUUCUUCUUUCUUUCUUUCUUUCUUUCUUUCUUUCUUGUUUCAGAUUUUGUAGACGUUUCUUCUUUCUUUCUUCCUUUCUUUAUUUCAGACUUUGUAGACGUCUCUCUUUUCUUCUUCCUUUCUUUCUUUCUUUCUUUCAGACUUUGUAGACGUUUCUUCUUUCUUUCUUUCUUUCUUUCUUUCUUUCUUUCUUUCAGACUUUGUAGACGUUUCUUCCUUUCUUUCAUUCUUUCUUUUAAAUUAAAUCUUUCUCUUUUGAGCAUUCGCUCUCUUUUAAUAACUUGA